UUCGAAAACAGAUGCCAUGUGUUGAUGUGUGAGAUUUGUUGUGGAGGCGCCAGUGUACAUGUUUAAGCGAAGUGCUUUACGAACUGAGAUGUGAUUCAUUUUAAGUGCAAGGUGUAAAGUUAUUGAAGUAGAGAAUCGUGCUUUGAUUAAUUAGAUUUACGUGUCAAAAUGAGUGGUGGAUAUAUUGAUGCCAGUAGUGUUAUUUUCUCCUUAUACUCAUCGGAGGAUGUAAGAAAAUUGAGUGUUCUUCAAAUUACUAACCCAAAUUCAUUUAAUUUGUUGGGACAUCCACUGCAAGGCAGCCUUUAUGAUCCAGCUUUGGGUCCUGUACAUGAGAAAGCCGGACCCUGUGCAACGUGCCUGAGAAAUGUUUUCAACUGUCCAGGACAUUUUGGUUAUAUAGAACUACCUUUGCCCGUAGUCAAUCCAUUGUUCAGCAAAAUGAUUUACCAGAUUUUAAGAAUGUCUUGUCUUUCAUGCCAUGCUCUUCAGAUUCAAGGUUCUGUGAGACACACACUCAUUGCACAACUUAGGCUCUUGGAUGCUGGUUUCAUCACAGAAUGUCAAGAGCUGGAGACACAGCUGAGCAUGGGUCUGGAUACAAAAGAGUCAACUAGUGGAGUGAGCCAUGAUGUGAUGGUGAAAGAAAAAAUUGAAAACUAUGUGGAGAAUGUUUUGUCAGGUGAAAAAAAAGUAGGUAGUAAAAAGAGUAAAAAUGUUGAAGCGAUAAGAAAUAGUUAUCUUCAAGCUGUAGCGACUAAUGUGAAGUCGAACAAAUGCAUUUCUUGUCAAGCACCAAUUAGGAGGAUUAUUUAUAUCCAUCGACGAUUUAUGACAACAGUGCAAAAGGUUGAUGUUGCUCCAAAAUUUGUCGCGAAAGGAGAGCUUGCAGAUGUGAGAGAAAGAGGAAAAUCAAACAUAGUCAUGAUGAUGCCUGAUGAAUGCAGGACACAUCUACGAGAGAUCUGGGUUGAAGGACAAGAUUUCAUCACAGCAGUAAUUCCAGCUCUCAAAGACUCAGCAUUACUUCACCCUACUGACAAUUUGUUCAUUGAUGUGGUACCAGUUCCACCACCAAAAACAAGACCUGUAAGACAAAUCAUGCUUUUAGAAUAUGCUGUUUCUGUAGAACAUGAGGAUGGCUCCAUAAGCAGAAUCAGUGCUCAAGACGCAGCACAACGUGAAAAUAUAGCAAAACGUCUGCUAACACCGGUUGAAAAAUCUGGCUCAUUCAAAGGUGUAAAAUAUGUGCACAGGCAUCUGCACAAUGGUGACAUUCUUCUCAUGAACCGUCAACCAACAUUGCACAGGCCUAGUAUAAUGGCACAUAAAGCCCGUGUUUUGAAGAGGGAAAAAACAUUUAGAUUACAUUACAGUAAUUGUAAGGCCUACAACGCUGACUUUGAUGGUGAUGAAAUGAAUGCACAUUUUCCACAAAAUGAACUAGCUCGCAGUGAAGCCUACAAUUUAGCCAGUGUACCUCAUCAGUAUCUUGUGCCUAAAGAUGGCUCACCAUUGGCUGGAUUGAUACAGGACCAUGUUAUUGCUGGUGUGAAAUUAUCCUUGAGAGGAAGAUUUUUUACCAGAGAGGAUUAUUGUCAAAUGGUGUAUCAAGCAUUUCCUCGUAUAGCAUCAGAAAUCAAGCUGCUGCCUCCAGCAAUAAUUAAACCGAUACCUCUUUGGUCCGGCAAACAGAUAUUCUCAACAAUCAUCAUGAAUAGUACCCCAAAGGGAAGGCCAUCUAUUUAUCUGGAGUCUACAGCAAAAAUAGGUGCUAAGGCUUGGCAAAGUGUAAAACCAAGACGAUGGAAAGCUGGAGGUACUGAGUUUACGAACCCAAUUGUCAUGUCAGAAUCGGAAGUAGUGAUACAUAAUGGUGAACUGCUGUCUGGAGUGCUUGACAAAACACAUUAUGGUGCAUCAAGAUAUGGCCUUGUCCAUUGUGUUUAUGAGUUGUAUGGCGGUGUAUGUGCAAGUAAGCUACUUAGCUCCUUUACCAAACUGUUUACAUCAUUUAUGCAAAGGGAAGGCUUCACACUAGGCAUUGAAGACAUCUUAGUUGUAGAGGAAGCAGACAGGCAAAGGACGGCCAUCAUACAAGAAUGCAGAAAGGUUGGUUUAAAAGCUGUAGCAGCAGCACUUAACAUUACUGAUGAAGAGCCAGACAAAGAAGAGGUGAAAGAAAAGCUUCUUAAAGUUUAUGGAGAUCGAAAUGCUAAAUGGAGAACACUUAUUGACAGAGCUUAUAAACGUCAGUUGGAUAACUUCACAAACAACAUCAACGGGGCAUGUCUUCCAUCAGGUUUGCUGCAGAAGUUUCCCAUGAAUAACUUGCAGUUAAUGGUGCAGUCGGGUGCCAAAGGAUCCACAGUAAAUACUAUGCAAAUUUCAUGUCUUCUGGGACAGAUAGAAUUGGAAGGAAAGCGUCCGCCAUUAAUGGUGUCAGGAAAGUCACUUCCGAGUUUCCUGCCAUUUGAUAUGAGCCCACGUGCUGGAGGUUUCAUAGACGGCCGAUUCAUGACAGGCAUACAGCCGCAGGAAUUUUUCUUCCAUUGCAUGGCUGGUAGAGAGGGUUUAAUUGACACUGCUGUGAAGACAAGUAGAAGUGGGUAUUUACAGAGGUGCGUGAUUAAACACUUGGAAGGACUUAUGGUACAUUACGAUCUUACAGUCAGAGACAGUGACAAAUCUGUGAUUCAGUUCUAUUAUGGUGAAGAUGGAAUGGACAUCAUGAAGGCCCAAUUUUUGAAUGAGAAACAGAUAGGUUUUCUAGCACAGAACAGUAAAGCUGUUAUGAAUAAACCAGUUUUACAGAAAUGGAAGGAAUUAGAAAAUGAAACACCUACAAAACUUGUCGAAGAAGCUAAAAAGAAUAUUCCCAAAUGGGUGUACAGAGCAGCAAAAUCUGCAACAAAAACUGAGUGGAGAGAAAUAAACAAAGUAUGUCCGAGGACAAUAACCUCUCAGUACAGACCAGACGAAGCCUUAGGUGCCCUAACAGAACGCAUGGAAAGUCUUAUUUUGCAUUAUUUGGACAACAGACCAAGGUGCUCACAUCGACAAAUCAAGAAAAAGGAAAUAAAGAAUAUGAUCUACUUGAAGUCAAUGGAAGCACUGUGCCCUCCUGGAGAACCUGUAGGUGUUAUUGCAGCUCAGUCAAUAGGGGAACCAUCCACUCAGAUGACACUGAACACAUUUCAUUUCGCUGGUAGAGGUGAAAUGAAUGUAACACUAGGAAUACCAAGACUGCGUGAAAUUUUAAUGAUGGCUUCCAAAAAUAUACACACUCCAUCAAUGGAAAUACCUUUCCGAACUGGACUGAAAAAUGUUGAAGCAAAAGCUGAAAAACUACGAAGAUUACUGAAAAGAACAACUUUGGCAGAUGUCCUCCAGUACAUAAGUGUGAAAGAUUGUCUUGACAUCUCAAGAGCAAGGCGCAGGAUAUAUACAUUGAAAUUUCAGUUUCUUCCAUAUUCAGCAUACAAGGCAGAAACAAUAAUCAAACCUCACGAUAUUCUACAGUAUUUUGAGAAAACCUUCAUUUCUAACUUAUUCAAUGCCAUAAGGAAGGCAGCAAAAUACACAGGGAAAUUAUUAGGUGUCCAAACAGGGACACGUGGUGGUGGAAAAGACAAAGCAGGUGCUGAAGAUGAGGAACAACCUGAAGUUGAUGAGGAUGCACAGCGUAUGGCUAAUAUUGCAAAAAGAUCUGCUGUUGGAGAAGAGCAUGAAAGCUCUGAUGAGGAACCUGAGGGAGAUGAUGAUGAUGCUACCAUGGCAAGAUCAAGAGGUCGACGUAAUGAAAAUCAGGAUUAUGAUGAACCUGAAGAAGAGGAGGAAGCUUUCAUUAGAGAAGACUCAGAAGAUGAAGGAAUAGAUAAUGAAGGAGCUGAAGAAGAUGCUGUUGAUGGGGCAAAUGAAGAGGAGGCAGAUGAUGAUCAGGUCAAGGAGUCAAAAACCACCCCCAAUUUUAAAAUCGAUUCUGCAAGUAUUGAACAGAGACGAGCAUCUGUCAUUGGAGCAAAUAAUUUUGUUAUGGAUUACACAUUUGACACUGUGCACGAAUCAUGGUGUGAACUAAAAUUUGGGAUUCCAUUAAGUAUCAAGAGAGUUAAUUUAUCAAACAUUUUGAAAACAGAGGCCCCAAAGGCUGUUGUGUGGGAAGUUCCAAAUAUCAAACGGGCAUUUACGUUUGUUGCUCCAGACACACAGAGGCUGAUACUAAAGACAGAUGGAAUGAACAUAGAAGGAAUAGCAAAAUACGACAACAUUUUGGAUUUAAAUCAUCUGUAUUCAAAUGACAUUUAUCAAGUUUCACAGAAAUAUGGCAUAGAAGCAGCCAGGAUUAUCAUAGUAAAGGAAGUAAAGGAUGUUUUUAAAAUGUAUGGUAUUGAUGUAGACAGUCGGCAUCUUCUUUUGGUUGCUGAUUAUAUGACAUUUGAUGGAACAUUUAAACCACUUAGUCGCAGAGGAAUGGAAGAUAGUUGUUCACCGCUACAGCAGAUGUCUUUUGAGUCAUCAUUAAACUUCAUCAGGCAUGCUGCUUUGCAAGGUAAACGAGAUGAACUGGAGUCUCCAUCAUCCCGCAUCAUGGUUGGUCGUCCGUGUCGAUCUGGCACUGGUGCCUUCUCCUUACUACACAAAUUGGACAUUCCUGAAGAUUUUACUUUGUGAUUUUUUGUUGAUAUGUUAUCACUUAUCAAGUAGCUGUGAUUUCCACCAAUUUGACACAGUCUACAGAGUGUGAUUUUAUCUUCUGUGUAUUCAUGCAGAAAAUCCCAUGAAAAUACUGUAUACAGUUGCUGUUUUUGUACAAACUAAACACAUUGUACAU